CUCAAAUCUCUUUCCCAUGCCUCUAUCCCUCGAGUUCUGCUGAACUGAAACUCUCUCUCUCUCUCUCUCUCUCUCUCUCUCUCUCUCUCUCUCUGCGUGAAGAAGAUGAAGAAGAAGUUGUUGUCGUCGGCUCCAUGGAGGGACGAGGAGAAGGUGGAGCCCUUUGAAGACGCCAAGCUGAAGGCCACCAACCAGCCCGGGCAGACCCCCACCAUGUACGUUCCUCGCAAGCGGUCCAUCUCUUCCAAGAAAGGGCCGGAGGAGGACGUCCCGGAGAUUGACCCUGAGCUCCGCUAUUCCUUCCAGAGGAAUUUUCAGUUUCUGAGGAGAGUGUUCAGCAUUGACACUGUUGUGAAACCGCUUCCUCCUGCUAUGGCAUAUCAUGUCUCGCGUAAUUUAAGCUUCUUCACUCGCAUAUUCACACAGUUCUUUGAUCCUAAAGGCAUAGCUGAUGCGCAGAAGUCCCUUGGCUUAGGACAGGAAGAGAGAGUCCGGCGUGUUCGUUGAGUGUAUCUUCCUUCUGAUGACUGUCAAACAUUUUCGUGGAGUAAUGUUCUUUUUUCCUUUCUAUCGACAGUGGGAAGUAGACAGUUCUUGUUGUGAGCUGAAAGUAAAGAAUAUUAGUGUUAUCUUUUGAUUACGAGCGCCAGAUUGUUUUGAGUUAUAGAUAUUGGCACCUUGGUGUUGGCUAGCAUCCUUCAGAUCGAAGAUGUUUGUAUUCACCACCAAAUUCUCGCAUCGGUCAUCUUCGGGAUGUAAUAAUGUUGAAAACCUAUCUUAGAUAUAAUCUUGCUCCCGCUUCAUGCCUA